AUGACAUGAACCCAUAAUUUUAAACUCAUAAUAACACUGCAUAUUUGGAACCUUCGGACUACAGGAAGCCGGUCGCUCGAAUCAGAAUGGAGGUGGAGGAGCUAACAGCGGUUAAUGUUCCUGUUGAUGACAUGGAACCCUUUCACUCCGUGGCACAUGCGCAGAACAUACUGAAAGGACUGGACGACUUCCGAAAGAUGGAUCACCUGACAGAUGUGACAGUGUGCGUCAGACGAAGGCAGUUCAAAUGUCACAAACUUAUCCUUGCCACUUCCUCACCCUACUUCAAUGCGAUGUUUCAGUCAGGGUUAAGGGAAAGCAUCGAAAACCGGGUCUUCAUCCGAAACCUUGAUGAGAAAACAGUUCAGACUGUGAUAGAGUAUAUCUACAGUGGAUCUGUGACGAUUAGUUGGGAUAACGUAGAAGAAGUGCUGGAGGCCGGGAAUCUGUUCCAAGUGGAGGCUCUGAAAGAUAGGUGUGUGCAGUUCCUCAAGCGGAAUCUAGAGCCCUCCAACUGCAUCGGGGUAUGGAGACUCGGAGAGAAGCUCAACUGUGGCAAUCUGGCAUCUGUGGCCAAAGACAUGAUCUUGUCUUCGUUCCCGCAAACUUGUCGUCACGCGGAGUUUCUUUCUUUAGAUUCCAGCGAACUUGUCGAGAUUCUCAAAGAUGACGAGUUGAGUGCACCCAGUGAAGAGGUUGUGUGUGAUGCCGUGUUAAGGUGGCUCCACAAAGACGAUUUCAGGAAGAAGUGUCUGGAUGAUGUUCUUGAGCACGUGAGGUUGCCGUUUGUAAGCCCGGAAUAUUUGCUGGAUACCUUUGAGAAUUCAAUAGCUCAACCAAAUGACAGGUGUAGGGUCAUCCUGGAGGAGGCCAAGCGGUACCAUAUGCUACCCACCAGGAGACAGUUUGUGGACAGUAUUAGAACCAAACCAAGGAGUAGCUUUGAUGUUGAGGAAACAGUUGUGUUUUUCUGCUCGAAAGCCUCUCCCUCCUCCCCAAAUCCAGGGAACAGACAAACCAACGAACUGAAAUGUUUCCAUUUACGAAAUAAAGAAUGGACGUCAUUGCCUACUUUCCCUAACCAUCCCAAUGCCGAGUUUGCUGUGUGUACGCACGGAAGUGACAUCUAUAUCUCAGGGGGAACGAAAAAUUCCACGGAUUUGUACCAGUUUAAUGGAACUCUGUUGCAAUGGCGCUGUAGGGCACACCUGACGGAGGGUAGGGUGCGACACUCCAUGGCGGCCGUGGGAGACUCUCUAUACGCAAUCGGUGGGUACUCGGCAACUAAAAUACUAGACGGCAUAGAAGAGUACAACAUACCCCAAAAUAAAUGGGCACAUGCUGGUCGUUUGGCAGUAGGGGUGUGUUUAACUGCUACGGCCGUCUGUGGUCAGAAAAUCUAUGUGCUAGGCGGUGUGAUUGACGAACAAGUCAGUACCGCCAUGAUACAAUGUUACGACACCAGAUCUAAAGUAGUGACUACUGUGGGAAACCUACCCUUCAAAUGUGCCCUCCAUUCAUCAGUGGUGUGUGAUCAGGAAACAUAUAUUGUGAACAGAACGGGCAAACUGAUAAAGUUCUGUCCAGGGGAAAAGCCAAUGGUCAUCUCUCAUUUGGACAACUUUAACCGGAACUACUUCGGUUCUGUGGGAUACAGGGGGUCUGUUCUGGUAUUUGGGGGUCGCAUGGGGAGCAGUGUGCAGGUGGACAUUCACGAAUACAACAUGGCCACUGACACAUGGACAGUCUUGCCCGAGACGAUCCCGGAGUCCGUGACCAUCAAUGCUUGUGUCCGAGCUGUCCUUAAGAAACCAUCAGCGAUGCUCUCCACCAAGCUGUAAUACUCAUACGCAUCUUUUGAUGGACAUUCACGAAGAUUAUUAACUUUUAAUCUGUUAGAAAAAUCUCUUUCCAGACUUAAACAGGCGUCUCACGGGAUGUUUUUGAAUUACCAGAAUAGCAUAUCUCUGCGGUAAUCAGACCAUGGGGAAAAUGGAACUCAUCGUGAACGUAGGCUAUGUGCAGUUCUGGAUACAAGAAACAACAGCAAAUCAGAACAUGGAGAAAUUGGAACUCGUCGUGAACGUACGUUUUGUGUAGUUCUGACUACAAAAAACAGUAGCAAAUCAGAGAAUGGAGAAAAUGGAACUGACCUUGAAAGUUUGUGUGGUUCUCGAUACAGGAAACCGCAGCAAAGUCGUAACGUUUAAUGACAGUGGACAGAAACACUUCAUGCUCAGUC